AUGCCAGCUGGUGACUCGCAAAGAAUCGCCGUCGACCCUAGAGCCCAAGGUGAUCACGACGAAAGCUCCGACUAUCUGAGUGGAUCUGAAUACUCAACAGAAUCUCUCUCAUCGUCAAUCUUCGAGUAUCGGUAUGAGAAUGGUCGUCGGUACCAUGCUUACAAGGACGGAAACUAUAUUCUGCCGAACGACGAGAAGGAACAAAAUCGUCUUGACAUCAUUCACCAUAUCUAUCUUCUCAUGUUAAAAGAUGAGCUACACCUAGCCCCCCUUGAAAACCCACAACGCAUUCUCGAUCUUGGCACUGGAACCGGUAUCUGGGCCAUGGAUAUGGCGGAACGAUACCCAUCGGCAGAAGUGAUCGGUACAGAUCUCAGCCCGAUUCAACCUAGCUGGGUCCCACCAAACGUUCAUUUCCAGAUCGAUGAUGCCGAGUCAGACUGGACAUGGGAGGAGAACUCGUUCGAUUUUAUUCACUUGCGCCAUCUUAGUGGGGCAAUCAAAGAUUGGCAGAAAUUGAUGGAACAGGCGUUCAAGUUCUUGAAGCCUGGUGGUUACAUUGAGAUUCACGAGUACGACAUGGGCUUAUUCAGUGACGACGGAACAUUGCCGGAGGAUCUGUGGUUAUGGAAGUUUUAUGACCUUGUCAACAAAGCCGCUAACAAGAACGGUCGCGCAUUCCAGAUAGUAUCGAACAUCGAGUCCCUCCUUAAUAGCGCAAGAUUUGAACAGCCCGAUUACAGAAUGUACAAACUGCCGCUUGGCCUCUGGGCCGCGGACCCAAAGAUGAAGGAGAUUGGUGCAUACCUACUGCUGAAUGCCGAGUCGGCGUAUGAUGCGUUUGGUAUGGCGCUUUUCACGAGAGAGCUGGGCAUGACGGUGGAAGAGGCUCGGGAGAUCGUGACAGGUGCCGAGAAGGACUCCCGAAAUAAGAAGAUCCACGCAUAUUCUAAGCAGUAA